UUAAAUAGCUCGCUCCCUCCAACACGCGUUUCCUCUGUUUCCAAAAUCACAGCGGCGAUUUCGCUUUCUGCAUUAGCGCCAUGGCUCAAGAUAUGCGUCUCUACCCAUCAUAAUAGCAAGUGACAGCGCUCGACCGCUUUGGGGCCGCGUUCUACAUUAGAUAAUUAAUGUUGAUUGAGCGUCAGUUACUUCUCGCGGUGGCCGCUGCAUGCCUGACGCUUGGAGUCUUCGCAAAUGACCCGUUGAGGUUCACCCCACACUUCGACCUGCUUGCCGCGCCUGUCGGCCGGGUUACUCCCCCCGAGCACGAAUGGGCACAACACUUGAGGGACAACCUGCAUGAGGACCUGGCGUACUGGCGGCACCGGGCGCCGCUGAAGGCGAACGCUACUUUGCAACUGUACGAGAAGCUAGCACAGCCCCAGUACACAGCCAUCUUUAAGCUGGUUCUCAUCUACAAGAAUCAGAUCUACUACCCGCUGCGAGACGACCCCCAAAACCCGGAGCCACCACUGCCCUGCGCACCGCAGAUCGAUGCUUUCUACAAGCACCUUCAGCCGCUGUUGGACCGCGGUGAUUUGGAGCUGCCGGACGUGCUGUUUGUGCACAAUGUGGACGACAACAUGCCGCGCUGGUGUGGUCCCGACAAGAACUGCACAGCGCCGCUCCUCAGCAUCAUCAAGACGGCGGACGGGGCGGCGGGCAGCGACACGGAUAUCCUGAUCCCGCAGUUCCUGUUCCUCGCCAAGUCCACGUACCACUACCCCUGGCACCUGAAGAAGGACAUAGCAUACUUCAGAGGACGGCCUUUCUGUAGCCAUGCAUGGACCAACAGGUUCCUGCCCAAAUGCGACACGACCUGCGUCAGGCCGUGGAUGGCAUACCUGUCAAUGCAGGAUGAGGAGCAGGGCCGGGGGCAGUCAGUGCUGGAUGUGGCUCUCGUGGAACCUUGGCAGGGCAGCAGCUCGUGUAUGCCAAAGCAAGCGCCGAUAAAGACUACUGUGCCCCUGGGAAACCACACCUACUUCAAGUACCUCCUGCAUUUGGAGGGCAACACCGCCAGCUUCCGUCUAGACCUGCUUCUCCACACCAAUUCGCUGGUGCUGUACCAGAACCAGCCCUUCCUGGCCCACUACACACGGUCGCUACAGCCCAAUGUGCACUACGUGCCGUUUUGGAACACGACCUCACGAGGGAUGGGCAUGGAGGACAUCUACGACGUGAUGCAGGCGGUGCGGCACACGGACUCCGUCCGCCCGCAAGACAUCUUACGUAUUGUCCGGGAGGCGCAGACCUUCGCCGUCAAGUACCUAACCGUGUCGUCUCGCGCCCGCUACCUGCGCGACGCGCUCCAGUCCUACAAGUCGCUGUUUGAGGACAUGGACCCCUUCAUUGAGCAGCUGGUGGCGCGCAUACGGGAGCGGGGGUUCAGGAUACCGCCUGCAAGAGCACCGGCGCAUAGGAGUAGAGUGCGGAGGCGGGCGAGCUGACAGGUCGUCUACUCGUCUGGCCAAUGGACGUGCAAUAUGGGGAGGUGCAUGAGGGGGAAGGUGCAUGUGUGUGCCGCUGAGGCGUGGCCGCGUGGGUGAGAACUGGGACUCAAGUACGGUGGAGGAGCAUUGAGUACGCAGACACCAGCGCCAGUAUCACCAGACUUUCUGCAGGAUGAGGAGCAAGCAGCAGUGGUGAUGCGUGUACUUUGCACGUGCGGCGUGCGGCGCAGCAAUCCUCGCAACUACCAACACCCUAACUGACACACGGGGACUACCGUACAAACGGGCUUCCCCGCAACUGUCAAGAACAGGGGCGGCGGCACCUGGCGUGGCGGUUGGUGCGCGGCGCGAGUGGGAGCUGGUAGUUGUACACGGGGGCGUGUGGGAGCUGCGGUGGAGUACGGCGGAGCUCGGCGGAGGCUGGCGGUUGGCGCGCUGCGCAAGUGGGAGCGCUUAGUCGUGCGCGCACCGCACGAUCGGUCUGCGCAACCACGAACAAUACACGUUCUCCAGGUUAGUUCGGGCGGCGCAUUCACCCCCUCCCAGGGUUUGCCUGCCCCCUGCUCCCUGUCCCCCGCCCGCCCGCGGGCCGUUCGCCUACGGUCCUGGUUGGCCUGUGACGCGCCUCGCCAGACGCCAGCCCGCACUCACCUGCAGUGCUUAUCGUGAACAUCGAGGUAACAUCCGCUGGCAGUUGGUGCUGAAGGGCGUUCCUCCGCUGCUCGCAAGCGGGCGCCAACCCCUUCUGACUGGCCGCUAGCUGUAACCGUGUGUCGGC